GCGACCACCGAGUGCUACACAGACACCGCGGACGAGAGUUCGGCCCGCGUCGCCAUCUUCGGCAUGCCGCAGCAGUCCACCCUCGCCGCCGCCGCCCUCGCGUCGCCGCCCUCGCCGCCGCUCGUCUGCCCGUGCCUCACCGCCUACCCGGCCGGCGUCAGCCUCGUGAGCGCCGAGGUGCAUGUCGUCGCGGCGGACGGCGUGAGCCUCGCGUACCCCGGCACGUACUGCCUCCACGGGUGCGACCCGCACGACAGCAGGCUCGAGCCGUCCUGCGACUCGACCUGCUACCCCGGCUGGUGCGAGCACGAGUGGUGCUACGUCGACCCGGCCGCGUGCAACACCGAGUACAGCACGACCGCGUACGUGGUGGGCGCCACCCCGCACUACUUGUGCCCCGCCGAUGCCGCCGCCACCGCCGCCGCCGCCGCCCUCGCCGCCGCCCUCGCCUCCGCCGCCCUCGCGUCGCCGUCGCCGCCGCCCUCGCCGUCGCCGCCUUCGCCGCCGCUCGUCUGCCCGUGCCUCACCGCCUACCCGGCCGGCGUCAGCCUCGUGAGCGCCGAGGUGCAGGUCGUCGCGGCGGACGGCGUGAGCCUCGCGUACCCCGGCACGUACUGCCUCCAUGGGCGCGACCCGCACGACAGCGGGCUCGAGAUG